AUGGCCUUCACAACCGCGAAAAUUUCCGAAAUGCCACUGAGGAGCUCACUCCCACUCACCUCUCACUCGUCCUCCUCUCUCAACUUCCUCUUCUCAGCCUCAAAACCGUCAUUUCGCCUCCUUAAACCCUUCUCUUCUCUCAAAGCCACCGAACACAGCGGAAACCCGAACGCCAAACCCUCACACAAAUCCAGAACCCCCUCCGCUCCUUGGCUCAACAAGUGGCCCCCUCGAAACUCUUCGGCCGAAUUACCCCGCCAAAAAGUCAACGAAAAGGUAAACGAAUCGCACGGCCGUGACCAAGCCGUUAAAGCAAACACCACUCGAUACUUUGAUAAGAACAAAGGCCAGAGCGCGAUUGAGAGAAUCGUGCUUAGGUUGCGGAACCUAGGGUUAGGGUCCGACGAUGAGGAAGAAGACGACGGUCUUGAAUUGGACGGUCAGGAUUCAAUGCAGCCGCCCGCAAGCGGAGAAGAGAAGCUCGGAGAUUUGUUACAGCGCGAGUGGGUCCGGCCCGAUUAUGUAUUGGCCGAGCAGAAGAGCAAUGAUGAGGUGGCACUGCCAUGGGAGAAGGAGGAGGAAAUAAGUGAAGAAGAGGAGGUGAAAGGAUUGAGGAAGAGGAGAGUGAAAGCUCCGUCAUUGGCAGAAUUGACAAUUGAGGACGAGGAGCUGAAGCGGUUGAGGAGAAUGGGCAUGGUGCUUAGGGAAAGGAUCAGUGUGCCUAAGGCCGGGAUCACGCAGGCCGUGCUGGAGAAGAUUCAUGAUACGUGGAGGAAGGAGGAGCUGGUGAGGCUCAAGUUCCAUGAGGUGCUGGCAUUAGAUAUGAAGACAGCCCACGAGAUUGUUGAGCGUCGAACAGGAGGGUUAGUUUUAUGGAGAUCAGGAAGUGUCAUGGUUGUGUACCGUGGGAGCAACUACAAAGGGCCUUCUAAAUCCCAAACUGUUGAUAGGGAAGGAGGUGCUCUAUUUAUCCCAGAUGUUUCUUCAGCUGAAACUUCGGCAAAAAGAAGUGGCAAUGAUGCAACUUCAGGUCCAGAUAAUACUGAGAAAGCUGUAAAAAUCCCAGCACAUCUUCUGAACAUGACGGAGGAGGAAGCUGAGUUUAACAGCCUAUUGGAUGAUUUAGGUCCGCGUUUUGUUGAGUGGUGGGGUACAGGAGUACUUCCUGUUGAUGCUGAUUUACUUCCCAAGACAAUUCCUGGUUACAAAACACCUUUCAGGCUUCUCCCUACCGGGAUGCGAUCACGGCUGACUAAUGCAGAGAUGACUAAUUUACGGAAACUUGCUAAAUCACUUCCUUGUCAUUUUGCCCUUGGGAGAAAUAGAAACCACCAAGGAUUGGCAUCUGCUAUUAUUAAACUUUGGGAGAAAAGCUCUGUGGCAAAGAUUGCUGUCAAACGAGGUAUCCAGAAUACAAACAACAAAUUGAUGGCUGAAGAGCUGAAGACAUUAACAGGUGGCGUUUUACUGCUCAGAAACAAGUAUUACAUUGUCUUUUACCGUGGAAAGGACUUUCUCCCAACAAGUGUAGCUGCUGCUCUGGCUGAAAGACAGGAAUUGACGAAACAGGUUCAAGAUGUUGAAGAGAAAAUGCGGAUCAAAGCAAUAGAUGCAGCUUCUUCAGGUGCAGAGGAAGGACAGGCACUUGCAGGAACUUUGGCUGAGUUUUAUGAGGCCCAAGCCCGUUGGGGAAGAGAAAUAUCGGCUGAAGAACGUGAAAAGAUGAUUGAAGAAGAUUCAAAAGCCAAGAAUGCCAGGCUUGUGAAACGAAUUGAGCAUAAACUAGGUGUUGCCCAAGCCAAAAAGCUAAGAGCAGAGAAACUCCUAUCCAAGAUAGAAUCGUCAAUGCUUCCUGCAGGUCCUGAUUAUGAUCAGGAAACAGUCACUGAUGAGGAACGGGUUAUGUUUCGCAGGGUUGGUUUGAGAAUGAAAGCAUACUUGCCUCUUGGCAUACGCGGUGUUUUUGAUGGCGUUGUCGAAAACAUGCAUCUGCACUGGAAGCACAGAGAACUUGUGAAAUUAAUAAGCAAGCAAAAGACCCUUGCUUUUGUUGAAGAUACAGCUAGGUUAUUGGAAUUUGAGAGUGGUGGAAUACUUGUGGCAAUAGAGAGAGUCCCCAAAGGAUUUGCUCUAGUCUACUAUCGUGGAAAGAAUUAUCAGCGACCCAUUACCUUGAGGCCAAGGAACCUUCUAACCAAGGCAAAAGCAUUAAAACGUUCAGUAGCCAUGCAACGCCAUGAGGCUCUUAGUCAGCACAUAUCUGAAUUGGAGAAGACCAUAGAGCAAAUGAGUUCAGAAAUUGGUGUUUCUGAAGAUAUAGCUUAUGAGAGUACCUCGAGCUCAAGAGAUCCCGACCAGAUUCAUCGUGCCUCUGAAUUUGUCCAAAGUGAGGAUGAAGCUUCAUGCAUGGGUUCAGAUGGUAGUGACGAUGAUGAAGGCUUUGAUCGGGAAGACGAAGAUUAA